AUGCGCGACCAGAUCGAGAAGACGGUGCUGAAGAACGUCGAGGCCCGCUGCACCCAGGCCGAGGCCGCCCUCCGCUCCCUGCACGCCCUGCGCAAGCACCGCAGCCUCCGCGACCGCCCCGACGACAAGGACGACGACCGCCGCCACAAGCUCAAGAAGCUCGCCAAGAAGCACGACGACGACGGCAAGCACCCGCCCGCCGUCGGCGCCCACGGCCUGGCCCGCCAGGAUGGUCUUGACCCUGCCGACUCCAACAUACGCCCCCUCCCCACCGCCUCCGACGUCUCCCACCAGCCCGCCCCCGCCCCCGCCGUCCCCCAGUUCCAGACCUUUGGCGAAGACCCCGUCCAGUUCGACGACCCCACCGUCUACCACAUCCGCGACGUCACCCCGGGCAUGACCGACGACGACCGCAGGGAAAUCUACUCGGUCGCCGUCUUCCCCCCCUCCAACCUGCACGACAAGAUCGCCGGCACCCCCCCGGACAAGGACUUUUCAAACGCAAAGCCCGCCACCCAGGUCAACGCCGGCGUCUUCGCAAACUACGUCGAGCCCUACAUCCGCCCCUUGACCGAAGAGGACGUCGCCUUCCUCAAGGAGCGCGGCGACCGCGUAGCCCCCUUUGUGCUUCCCAGGCGAGGCCAGCGCCACUACAAGCACGUCUGGGCAGACGAGGACGGCGCCAUGCACCUGGACUCGACCCUCGACCGCCCCGCCCCCAAUCUCCCUCGAGGCGCUGCCGAAGACGUCCUGGACGAUGUCCUCGAGACCGAGCACGUCUCCGCCGGCCCUCUUGUCUCUCGACUGCUGGCCACCCUCCGUCCAGAGGGCCGCGCCAACCAGGCCAGCCCCAACGACCUGAAUCCCGAUGCCAUGGACAUUGACCAAGGCCCCGCCGCCCCGCCAGACACCACCAACACAAACGCCCUCCCCUCCGCCACCCAGCUCCCCGACCUCAUCGCCCGCCCUCCACAGCCCAGCACCGGACGCGCCGACUACGCCACCCUCGAGGACCGCGUCCUGAUGGAGCUCAAGCACUACGGCUUCCUCUCCGAAGCCGACGCGGAGACACAAUCCUACGACUCGCACUUUGACGACCCAGUCGCCCAGCGCCUCCGCUUCCUGCAGGAGGAGCUCCGCAAGCAGUCCAUUGUCAACGGCGCGCGCAAACAGCGCCUCCUCGAGCUGACCGAAGAGCGCAUCGCGCAGCAGGAGUACAACACCAUUGCCGACGACCUCGACAACCAGCUCAACGCCGCCUACCUCAAGCGUAACCGCAACAUCGGCAAGGGCAAGAAGCAGAACAAGCGGCCCGGCGGCGCCGGCGGCGGCUCCCACGCCACCGCCAACGCUGGCAUCACCCGCCCGGGCGUCGGCGAGCCCAUUCGCACCCUCAUGGAACGCCGCACCCAGUGGAUCAACACCAUCGGCCCCGUCGUCAACUACGGCAAGACGGGCCUGCCCACCGACACCAUCUUCGCCGACGACAAGAUGAGGGAGCUCGAGAGUCGCGAGGUCGAGAUUUGGAACACGGAGGCUGAGGAAUAG